AUGGAUCUUUCUGAAUACUUUUCUACCGAGCCUGUUAAUAUACUAAAUGAGGAGAGCCGGGAAGUGAGCUCCAAUACAACACAGCAUGCUACUCCCGAAUACGAACGAAUAGAGGAAGAGUUGACAAAUCUACACAACUUAUUCGGUAUUGAACCGGAUGGUACAAGCAAGAGGCAGCCGAAACAGACGAGGAAGAAAUCUAAGAGCAAUCCAUUUUACAGAACUCCUGAGAAAGUGAAGGAAUAUUUAAAUAGGAAAAAAUCGAGAUCAACUUCAGACGCGUUACGUUCGUUGAAUCAUAAUGUGAUCAACAAUCGAACAAAAGACACUGAGAAUUGGACAAAGAUAAGUAACGAAAAGAGUAGGACUCCUGAGGAUUCCAUUGACCAGGAUAUAGAUAGACAUUCGACUAAUCAAAAACGAAAGAAUACACAUAAAUGA